CCCAGAGUUCUUUGCGUACCGGUGGCAGCCCCAGCCCCCGGCGCGUGGCGACUCCGGAAGUCCCGCGCAGGGGCCGGUGGGCCUUCGGCCCAGGCGGCUAUGGCAGUGGCUACUGUGGCGGCAUUACUGGCCGCAUUGGGUGGGGCCCUGUGGCUGGCGGCCCGGCGGUUCUUGGGGCCCAGCGUCCAGCGGCUGCACGGAAGCGAGCACUCCAGCCUCAUGCACGGGAAGACCGUGCUGAUAACGGGGCUUGUCGUCAAGCACUUGGACCUCGCCUCGCUGCGCUCGGUGCGCGCCUUCUGUCAGGAGAUGCUCCAGGAAGAGCCUCGACUGGAUGUCUUGAUCAAUAAUGCAGGAAUCUUCCAGUGCCCUUACAUGAAGACUGAAGAUGGGUUUGAGAUGCAGUUUGGAGUGAACCAUCUGGGGCACUUUCUACUCACCAAUCUUCUCCUUGGACUCCUGAAAAGUUCAGCUCCCAGCAGGAUUGUGGUAGUCUCCUCCAAACUUUAUAAAUACGGAGACAUCAACUUUGAAGACUUGAACAGUGAACAAAGCUAUAAUAAAAGCUUCUGUUAUAGUCGGAGCAAACUGGCUAACAUUCUUUUUACCAGAGAAUUAGCCCGCCGCUUAGAAGGCACGAACGUCACUGUCAAUGUCUUACACCCUGGCAUUGUGCGGACUAACCUUGGGAGACACAUACACAUCCCACUGUUGGUCAAACCACUUUUCAAUUUGGUGUCAUGGGCUUUUUUCAAAACUCCACUAGAAGGUGCGCAGACUUCGAUUUAUUUAGCCUCUUCACCUGAGGUAGAAGGUGUGUCAGGAAAGUACUUUGGAGACUGUAAAGAGGAAGAACUAUUGCCCAAAGCUAUGGAUGAAUCUGUUGCAAGAAAACUCUGGGAUAUCAGUGAAGUAAUGGUUGGCAUAUUAAAAUAGGAACAAGGAGUGGAAGAGAGCUAUUUAUAAAACUGGAUGUCUGCUCUGUCUUUGAUCAGGAGUGGUGUGGCUUGGGCACUUGCUACUUGAAAACACAAUUUUGGUUUUACAGUAGUCCUGCUAAGAGGUACAUGUGGAUAUUUUGAAGUUACUAAAAGGUUACUUUUGAAGAACCUAAAAUUUCAGAAAAGAUAAUUUAAAUAUAUAUAUAAUAAGCAUAUGAAUAAUUAUACUGAGUGAUGCAGUUAUAUUUUAAGAAUUAUAAUUGAAGCAUGGAUUACAAAUACUAAAGAAUUCAGUGAUUUAAAAUAGAUUAAAUAUUAUCUGAGUUUAUGGUAUAUUUAAGGUGUUCAGUACUUUAAUCAUAAUGCUGGUUUUUGUGUGGAAAUAAUAUGCCUGGUGUGAAUGUGUAAUUCUUACUUGGAAUAAAUUUACUGAUGCAAAUUCUUAACUGUGUAUUUCUUCAGAAGUUUCACUGAAAUUAAUCCUUUAUCCCAUUAUCCUGUACUGAUCCCCGUAUGCUCACUGUCUUUUCUUCCCACAUAUCCUGCACUGCUUUAAGAAGUAAUAUUUCUAAAACCCAUGCCUGUGUCACGGUGCCAUGUCCCUGCUUAAAAACCUGUGGUGGUUUCCAAUUCUCCUUUUUUUUUUUUUUAAAGCUACAGAAUUUCUUUCUUCAAAGGAAGACUUACUCAAAUGUGGAAGUUGGAUGGGUAGACAGGUCAUGGCAGUGCUGUGAGGAUGGAGUCCUCCAAGGCUAUUCCUGAAGGGACUUUGUGGAAUUCAGUAGUUUCUAAACCAUUUCUAGUUCAACUUUUUAGUAUGCUUUUGAGACUCCAUGAACUGGCCACAGGCUUGCCUUGUACUCUUAUUCUCAGUGCUGUCCAAUAGAACUUUCUGCAGUGAUAGAAAUGAUUCUGACUGCCCUGUCCAAUGUGGUAGACUCUAGACGUGUGUUUACUGAGUUCUUAAAAUAUGACUGAGAACUGAAUUUCUAAUAUUAUUUAAUGUUAAUUUCAAUUUAAAUAGGUUGGGUUACUAAUGUCUUGGACAGUACACCCCCACCCAUUCCUUUGUAUAUAACCCAGUCCUCAAUAUAGACCAGCCACCCACUUGAAUCUGGGCCUUUCCUUAUAUUGUUCUUCCAAUCUGGAACAUCCUCUUUCUCCCUGGGAAUACUACUUAGCCUUUAACGUGCGUGCCCAUCAAGUGUGUUCUUUGUCUUAAUACCUAGAGGAGGAACCAGUUCUCACUCUACUUUGUUUUCAUUGAUCUUGGCAGAUUUACUAGAAACUUAGUGUGCUAACUAUUUGUUCACAAGCCCAGCUGGACAGUUGGGUUAGGAACUAUCCAGGGAAAGAUUUUAUUCUUUUAUUAUAUUCUUACUAGUUUUCCUUCCUCAAGAAUCAGGGGCAGUACCUGACACACAGUAGACAUUCAAUGAUGUUUGAAUAAAUAAUAAGUAAUUAUUACUCAAUUAUUUUUGCUAUUAUUUAGUAGGAAUAUUGAGUAAGCGGGAGUAUUAAGUAAGUAGGAAUAUUGUAGGCAUCUGUGUUACAACAAAAAAUAAUAAUCUUAACUAUUUGUCUUAACUGUAAUAUUGAGAAAAGAAGUAACAGUAAGGGAUGGACUGAACUACACUGAAUUUAAUGACCAUUUUGGUCAGGGGUAAUCCUUGAUUGGUUAUUAUUUUUAAGACUAAUAUCUGGUUACAGUAUCAGUUCUUUAUAGGAAUGGCAGGAUCUUGGCAGUUCACAUAGAAGGUCUGUUUUCUGUUAGAGUGCUGGGUUGCGAAUAUGAGAAACACUUAGUGUUUGUAUCAUCACAGGUGUGUCCUUGCAGGUGUAGUCGUUAGAGCUGCAUCAUGUUCUUUGAAACAUAUUUUUAAAAAAAUAACCCUACAAAGAGACCUGCUGAAUUUAGAAAUAUGGGCAGGAAAUACAUCAGAAUGCAACCUGGAAAAAUGGAAGCUAAUAAAUCUGUCCUACACCUCGACUUCAUUAAAAAGGAGCCCUUUUUCUUCUUCUUUUUCUUUUUUUUCCAUUUAAUACCAUCUUUUCUGGCUGCAUUUUGAUACCUGAUGCUUUUCAGGGGAUUUGGGCCUUUUGUAAGAGUUGAGCCUUUCGGAGUUCUUGCUUGUGGCACUGUAAUAAAAUAGGAUAUAUUAAUUUAUCAUGAUGAAAAACUAGAAACUCAUCUGGAAACACCAACUAUCAAGGUAAAAUGAGCUGCCAUUUGGAAGAUGUCCUUCCCACUCGGUGUUUGUUGGAACUGAGGACUAACAGCCGUAGUAUAUAUAACUGUAUAUAUUAGAUUUUGAAGAUUAUUUAAGCCAUUUGCUUCUCUCUUCUUUCCCCCUUCUGCUGACUUCUAACUAUUUCACUGGGCAAGGAAAUAAGAAAAAGCAAUUCUGUUACUUUGAUACUAACUCACCCUUAGCAAAAUAUUGUUAAAAAGAAGCAUGUGAUGUGCCAGAUAAUGGAAUAAUUUUAGUUGGAAACCCAUUUUCCUGUUGAUUAUUGACUUAAUCUUUUGAAACAUUGACUUCUAUUUCAAGCAGCUUAUUCUGAAAAGGAGUAAGAUUUCUGGGUCUUCUGCCUCAAAUUCACUCAGAGUAACUAUUUUAUACAGUGGGGUUCUAAGUAGCGUUUAACUGGGAAAGCCAUUUCACUGCUUAGAUAUACCACUGCACUGGGUUUGAUGAACGACUCCACUGCUUAGUUCUCUCUGUGACCUUGGCAAGUUACUUAACCUCUCUGAGCUUCUGUCUAAAUCAAGGGUCAGCAACAUUUUUUAAAAAGGCUAGAUUGUAAAUACCUAAGAUUAUUAGGUCACAUGCAGUCUCUGUUACAUAUUUUUUUGAACAAGUCUUUAAAAACAUAAAGACCAUGCUUGGCUCAUGCGGGCUAUCCUGUUGUACUUAUGCAACAUCCGGAUAUGUUCACUUACUUGUCUUUAAGACACAGUGUAAAGCGGCAGUUCCUGUGUAAACUGUUACUCCUGUUUCUUAAAAAGGCUCCUGUUGUUUCUCCAGAUCAUUUCUAAUCUUGUGGGACUAUUUGCUUACAGACCCAGGAAGUCUGAGAGUGUAUUUUUAAGUCUCUCUCCAGCUAUCAAUUCUGGCAGGAAGAACAGCGGUGAUCUGCCUUCACCUCCCUCUCUCCCAAAUCUGCUGGGCCUGGCCAGAGAUCUGAGAGAAUCUAUAUUUGAAUAUUUAAUUGAUUCCAAAUGUGCUAAGGAACACUGAAGACAGGACAUGUUACUAAUCACUCUUCAAGAGCGGGGCCCCCACAGAAACAGCUUCAGAUGUUUCACAAACCUUCUCCGGACAAGAGGGAGUUAAAUUAGUUACAGGUUAACUUGGAGGAAGGGCGUUUAUUCCUAGAGGUAAGUUAGAUGGUGUGCUCAGUUUUAUACCGGCAUUAAGGAAGAGUUUUUGCUACACUACAGGUUUAAUCAAAGUAUAGUAGAAGCACUCGUAACAUACCAUCACCUAAUAGACUUGCUGUAUUAACUGAUUCUCCGUUCUUUUUGCAAGAUGUGGUGACUGAUGCCCACAGCAUGCGAAUGCACUAGACGGGCAGUAUCCCCUCUAAGCUACCUCUGGCAUUUCUGCUCCCACCUGUUCUGUUAUGCACUGGGUAACAUUUAUUUAACAAAUAUUUAUUGAAUGCCUAGUAUGUGCCAGGCUUUAUUCCAGGCUUGGGGGACACAGGAGGCAACAAAGGGAACCAGAUGAAAUCUGUGUGUGUCUGUGAGCUGUGUUUGUUGAUAAUCGUAAUAGAAGUUAUUCAUCAUAAUGCAAACCAAUGAAAUAUGAAUACAGAGAAAGAGAAUUUCCGUGAAAAGUAAGCUGAGUGCUUUGUAAAAACUAAAUGAAGGCAAAUCACUAGAAACUUACAGUUGAAUAAAGUUUCAAAACAACAGUCAGAUACUAAAAAUAAAUAUAAAAAUCUAAAAAGUGUCUAUAUUCAGUGCUUUGCAAGUGGCUUUAAAUUUUGACUCCAUUUUAAAGACACAAAAGCUAGAAAUCAUAGACUAUAUAAUUUGAGUGUAAUGUAAGGUGAAAUUCUAAGUGAACUCAAACAACAAAGACAAGCCUUCGGCUUUAUAUCAGAAGUUGGGAAAUGAGUGAACAUUUUCUGUGUUUUAAAUUCAGAUAAUAAUUUUGUGUUGCAUACGAUUAUUUAUGAUUUUCUUCUUUAAUCAACUUUUCAUGUAACUAACUAAUUUCGAAUAAGAAGGCUCCUAUUGUAUAAAACAGAAUUAUCACUGACGGAAACAUUUCAGUUUGGAGGAACUGACAAUAAGUGUAUCUGUGUAGUGAAUCAUAUUUUCCCAAAGCCUUCUAAUCUAAAUUUUGGAAUAUGUUUUAUUUUUUUCAAAUGUCCCAAUAUAUUGAAUUUAUGAUUUGA